AUGGACGGUGCCGAUAAUGCCACGCCGGCCAAAGGAAGCACCGAGAACUCCGCAGGCUCCGAUAGUGGCGGUGCCUCCAGCAGCGGCGGCGACGGCAGCGGAGUCGGCGGAAAGAAAGUACCGUCGUGGCUGAACAGCAAGGCCUGGUCGCGCCCCGCCGCCAAGAUCUCCGCGGAUGGCGCUCGUCUGUCUCCGUUGACCCCGGGCGAGGGGGGCGGGGAGGGUUCCGCGCUACCCGGGGAUGGGGGCGAGCUGAGCGCAAGUGAGUCGAAAAAAGGGGGAAUGGGGAUACGGGAACUGGGGAGCGGCGGAGGGGCGAGCGGAAAGGAAGGGGGAGAUGGUCGAAUUGGGGUGGGGGAUAAUGGGGGAAUGGAGAAGGUCGGGGCGGCGAUGGCGCGGGCGCGGAUAAGCAGUGAGGCGGAGGGGAUAGGCGGAGACGCGGGGCUGGAGGGAAAGGAGAAAGGAGGUGUUGAUGGUGAUGGUACGAGUGGCGUGGGGGAGCGAGCAGGGAAAGAGGGAUGGCAUGAGAUGGAGGAGGGUGGUGGCGUGAGGGGAAGCGGCGCAGGAGGGGGGAGAGAGGGAAAUGGCGUAGGUGACGCGGCUGGCGGAGCAGCAGCAGCAGCAGCAUCCCCCCCGCUAUCAGCACCGCGCACGUCCCCCUCCCUGCUCCCACUCACCAGCAGCAUCACAGCAGGCCUUGGCUUUGGAAGCGACCUCAGCAGCAGCAGUAGCAGCGGUGGGGGGGGCGUGGGUGGGGGAGGCGAGAGGCGGCCGAGCCUGCUGGAGCAGCUGAGAGCAGCGGCGUUUGCAGAGCCCAUAGUGGUGGCGCCGGUGCUGCAUGCGCGGGCAGGGGGAGGGGGAGUGGGGUCGUUCACGCUUGCCACUGCAUCUGCAGAGGACCAGGCGUAUGAGCGCCGCCUGGCACAGUUCUACAUGGAGAUCUCCCAGCCGCGCAUCAACCUGGGAGAGCUGCGGCGCCUGGCCAUGUACGGCAUUCCCAAUGAGGGCAGCCUGCGCCCCGUCGUCUGGAAGCUGCUGCUGGGGCUGCUGCCGUUGGUGCGGGACGACUGGGAGGCGGAGCUGGAGAGGAAGCGCCGGCAGUACGACUGCUUCACUGCCGAGCUCAUUAUCAACCCGUCCAAGCACACAGUCGACCUCACAGCGGCCCAGGGCACUCCAAACAAGCAGCAGGGGCAGCAGCAGCAGCAGCAGCAGCAGCAGCAGCAGCAGCAGCAGCAGGGAGGGGAAGCAGGCGGCAAGAGCACCCUAGAUUCACCGCUACACGGCAAGGCAGGGCCCGCACUGUGGGACAAGCAGGACUUUGGCUUGCCCGCAGGGGAGGCAGUGGGGGGAGCAGGGCGGCCUGAGAGGGGGUCGCUGGGGGGGGAAGUGGCGGGGGGAGGGGUUGUUGGGGGGGAGGUGCGGGCGCAUGGGGAAGGUGGGAGUGGUAGAGCGGGAGGGGGAGGAGGGACGGGAGGAGAGGAGGUGUUGGAGUUGCAUGGGAGUGAUGUGUCAUCGCAUGACCAUCCGCUCAACGACAAGCCUACCUCCGUGUGGCGACAGUACUUCCAGGACUCGGAGAUAUUUGAGCAGAUAGACCGGGACGUGCGGCGCACACACCCGGAGAUGCUCUUCUUCACUCGCAACGACGGCUCCGGCCUCACCCCCGCCCAGGAAGCCAUGCGGCGGCUGCUGCUCAUAUUCGCGAAGCUGAACCCGGGCAUUCGGUACGUGCAGGGCAUGAACGAGGUGCUAGCGCCCAUCGUGUAUGUGUUUGCCAACGACCCCGACAAGGCGCACGCGGUGCACGCGGAGGCAGACGCGUUCUUCUGCUUCGUGGACCUGCUCAGUGACUUCCGCGACUUCUUCUGCCAGCAGCUCGACAACAGCGUCGUGGGGAUCCGGUCCGCGAUUUCCCGGCUCGCGGAGAUUUUGAGGCGGCAUGAUGAGGAGCUGUGGAGGAACCUCGAGUAUGUGUCCAAGGUGAAUCCGCAGUUCUACGCCUUUCGCUGGAUCACGCUGCUGCUCACCCAGGAGUUUGGGUUCCCUCAGAUCCUUCGCAUCUGGGAUGCGCUCCUAUCCUGCCCUGAAGGCCCCAUGGACAUGCUGCUGCGGGUAUGCUGUGCCAUGCUCAUGUGUGUGAGGGAGAGGCUGCUUGCAGGGGACUUCACCAACAAUCUCAAGCUGCUGCAGCGAUACCCUCGCAUCGACAUUGAGAUUAUUCUGCGCACUGCUGAGCGGUUGCACACAUAG